ACAACUUCUACUUCAUUCAUUGUCUAUACUGUAUACAAACUUUAUUAUUACUCAAAACUCCUAUUUGCCAACAUUUUUUCUGGAAUUUUACAACUGCUUAUCGUGUGAGAAGAUUUAUCAUAAUUACAGUCGAUAGAUAUUCGAAUUCAAAGUAAAUCAAUAAAUGGAAAUUAGCAUAAAAAAAGGGAUUCAACGAAUUCGUCCGCACCUGCGUCUGAUAAUAUGGUAUAGUAAAUAUUAUUCGUUCAUGUAACGUGAAUACAUGAUUUGGAAUAGAAGUGUUAGAUCAGAAAUUACUAACGCUUGAUAUACGCAUUAAAACUAAUUCCGCUCUAAAACGUGACUUUAUCUUGGAAAAAGUCGUAUUCAUUCAUCAUUUAAUUCACGUUUCCUACAUCGCAUAUUACGAUCUGAAAAAGCAUGCUGCACAUGGGAGAUAUAAUAAUCGUAAAUAUUAGCAUUAGCCUCGUCAUUUCCUAAGCAUGUCAAGCACACGUCAUCAUUUACAAGUUUUCUCUUGGCAAAGAAUCAUUCCACUAAACUGUAUCUUUUAACGAAAUUCUGUACGAUAAGUGAAUCGUGAAAUAUAAGAUAAGCAGCUGACGUAUAAAUAGUGAAACGAAUUUCUCAAAGACUUAUUUCAAUGUGUAACAUCUGGCUGGCAAAUAGCAAUGAAACUCGGUUGGAUUAUCGUUUUUUCCAUCAGCGCUGUCUUCGCGACAGCUCUGAGAUUUCCAGAAAAUGACAGAAAUUGUGACUGCGUACCGCUGCCUACUUGCGGAGUGCUAUGGAUGAAUCUCGUAGCAGCGAAGAAAGCGUCUUUCUGGGAGCAUUUUAGAUAUACCGAAUAUUUAAAAUCGUUAAACUGUGGAUAUCUCUUCUAUAUGCCUUUCGUUUGUUGUCCAUACCGAAAUUUCGACGACGACAGUGAUAUUUCUGAUUUGAGUUAUGACGAAAGUGAUAUUCCCGAUUUACAUCUUGGUGACAAUAGUGUGCCGCUAAAAGCGCCGAAAUGUUCAAAAACUACUACUAAAGGAUUGCCUCCAAAGGGAAACCAAAAAUCUACAGUACCGGUCCGAACGACCACGGUGCUUCCGUCGACUACUACGCAAAAAUCAAAUUCAGUUGGGGAACAUCAUGAAAAAGAAAAUCAUAGCUUUGCUGAAUGCGGUAGAAGUAUAAAUCGUGACCAUCAUUUGGGCAAUCGCACGGAGUUUUCUGACUUCCCCUGGCUAGCUCUUCUGGAGUAUGAGACACCAAAAGGCAAGAAAUUCUUGUGCGGUGGUGCCCUGAUAAACGACCGCUACAUCCUGACAGCCGCUCACUGCGUGACUUCGAGAGCCAACAAGCUGGUCAGCGUACAACUGGGAGAGUACGACACCAGCACAUCCCCGGACUGCAUCUUGGACGGAAAUGCGGAGAACACGACGAGCUGCAUCGACAGCGCGAUCAAAAUCGGCGUAGAGAAAACGAUCCUCCACGACGGAUACAACGACGGCAUCGAACAUCGCCAAGAUUUCCCCACGAUGAACGACCUCGCCCUGGUCAAGCUCAAGGAGAAGGUCGAGUACUCCUACUACAUCCAGCCGAUUUGUCUGCCGACGAAGCCAGCGCUGCCGCAGAACUACAUCGUCGCCGGCUGGAGCCGAUCUUUCAUACCGAACGCCGAGGGACACAACCAGAAGCUCGUGUCGAAGCUGACAGAGAUGGAACUGCAGAAGUGCAUGGAGCAUAAUCUGCUGCCUUUCGUCGGCAAGGAGCAUAUCUGCGCCGGUGAGAUCAGAUCGACCCAGCGGGCGUGUAUCGCCGAUGCCGGAGGCCCACUCAUGGGCUACGAGAAGAAGGCCGACGGCCAGCUCAGACUGACCGUCUUCGGAGUGUCCUACAUGGAUCUCGCUUGCGACAGGGACGAUCUGCCCGGUGUUUACACUCGAGUCAUCGAUUACAUGCCCUGGAUAAGCGAGCACAUCAGCGACUAAUACACUUCGCAUUUCGCAUGCUUUAUACUUAUUUAUUUUAUGAUUAUUCGUAAGCCAUGGAAUACGCUAGUUUUAGAUUAGUUUUAGUUACGUUGUAUACCUACUUAUAAAUAAGUGUGUUUAAUCAUUGCAUAAAUAUACGAUCGUCGAAGCCUCGUCACGUUCUGCUCAUCAACCAUAUUGAUUCUCGAAAUAAAACGAUUUAUUUUUGUACCAAACAUAA